AACAAACGGCCUUGACCUUAAUUCAGAAGAGUGGACAGUUUAUUUUUGUCACUUUUGUGCGACUUUUCUUGUGGAUUUUGAAGAUAUUUACAGCCAUAAUUACCAAUUAUAUAUGUCCUGCUGAAAAAGUGAUAAAUGGACAAUGAGAUGAAUAUUGAAGACAAACAAAAGACUGGUGAAAAUGGAAAAAUGACAGUUGAUGCACAAAUGUCACAUGAAGAACAUGUCUUCAAGAAGGCAAGAUAUGCUUGGCAAAUCAAGGGACAUCCGAAUAUAGAUAAUGCCUCUUUAAAUGGUGAAACUUCUUGUGUGAAGGUAGAUACAGGUAGUUUUGAAUCGGGUACUAUUGGUAAUCAUGAAAGGUUGGAGAAUGAAAUGAAAACUGACAAGAAAAUACAGAGUUAUGUCAGUGAAACAGUUUCGUCAGAUGUUGUUCGAGAGAAUAUGAUGGUGAAAACAUCGGCUCAUUGUUGUGAAAAUAAACCCAUUAGUUUAGAUUUAGUGAUAAAAGAAAAUAGAAAAGAUAGUACAAAACAGGGUGCACUGCAAAACCGGCAUUUUGAUUCUGAUGAAUGUGAUUUAACAGGUAAUAAGAGAAAACUUGACUCAGAAAUUUUCGAGGCAGAUCAUAGUAGUUCAAAGCGUGCAAAAAGCUUAGAUAAUUCAGGUAACAAUGGAAAUUGUAUAGAUCGUGCAUCUGUUACUAGUAGGUCAGGUUCGGAAAGUUUAGUGAACUUGCAAGCUGGGCUUGCAUCAGCUGCAAGUAAUCCGGACUUCGGUCGGGCAGUUAGUUCUAUUUUACCAAACUUUCAAGGAUUCGAUAUUCCCAGUUUUAUAUGGCAGAAGCAAGAAAUGGGCUGUGCAAUUGUAGAUAAUGUUUUUAACCGAACUUUGGAAGAAAUGGGUCUCUCACCAGAUCCUGUAGUCAACUUAAGUGCAACCACAAGAUUAACUAUAGAAAAUCAGAGUAUAGAAACAGCUAUCAGAAACCAAGGUCUUCGUGCUGGUAAUUAUCAAAGUGAGCAAAAUGCUAUUUUAAGUAACAUGGAGCAAAUGAGACGUAAUGCCACUAGGGAUGACUUUGAACAUACGCAGCGCCAGUUAUCUAGAAUAAUGGCCACACAGCCACGCUCACAUUCUGUGAUAGAUAAUGACCAUACAGUAGAAAAUUGUGCAAUGAAUGUUCAAAUUUCAGAGCAACAUCACUGUGAUAAUGAUCAGUCAAAGCCCCAUUUGGUUUCAUGUACUUCUUCUGGCUUUAAUGGUCUUAAUUUGAAUAGUAUUGUUGUGCCAUCAACAGCUGGUAACCAUGGAAACCAUCAGAAUUCUGGGAUCAUGUGUGAGGGUAAAAAUGAGGAUGCAAUGAAGGAUAGACACGCUAAUGAAGAAGUUCCUAAAUCAGCCAAUGAAAAUGUUGACCUUGUUGCUAUGGAAGAGUCCGAUAGUUUACAUUGUAAAGAUAUGGUAGAGAAACACUCAGAAAAUGUUUUAGAUCUGGCAGUUUCUACAGCAAUUCUGAACCAAGGUCUUACAUUCGACUCUGUAUAGUACAGGAUUUUAGUUGUAAUUAUUGCAAAUAUUGUAUUUUGUAUUUAUGGUAUAGUUCCUAUCUAACUAACCAGGAUAUAACAUUUCCACGGUUGAAUGCAAAACUGUCAUAACUCGUAUUAAAAUAAGGACUUAUAACAGUUUUUCAUUCAGCUCAUGAAAUGUUACAAAACCUAGAUUACAGUUUUAAUGUUACUAAAUAGAAAUGUAAGGAAAUGCCAACACCAGUGUAAACACUGAAAAUACUUCAAAG